AUGCCACCUCUUUCCGUCCCAGGGGGACUCCCCCAGUCUCGCCAGAAUGCUGCCAUUGUAGACCGCGUUCAUGCUGGGUCUAAUGUCUCUCUUGCGGCGGUGGACCUUGAUAACCAGGUAAAUACCUUUCUCAAAACAGCCGCGGAUCGUGUUCACGCUAACAAUGCUGUUUUGCGUCGCUUCAACUCGCUCGUCGCCUCAAGCCAUACCGAUCCGGCCAUUGUCGAGUCAAAAGAGCCCAACAUCGAUUUGCAAGAGCGUUAUGAUAAGCUACGCGAGGCCCUGGUGCGUGAUUUAGACCAGUACCUGAACUUCUAUGAAUCCUAUAGAGAUCUUCUCGUCAAGUAUAAUAAGCUUUUAAGUGUUCCAUUGGGUUUCAAGAAUAAGGUUGAACAAAUCAAGGCCAUCUCUACCCAAACAAAAGUCCAGUCGUUAUGCGAUCUCUUGCUAGACGAGCUAGACAAUGCUCUGCCCAAUGUAGAAUUGGAACAAGCCAAGGCGAAGAUAGCGUAUUUGGAACGCCAGCUCGCUCGCCGGAAAGGGUAA